CAGAAGAGAAUGCAGACAAGAUUAGAAGAAGCUCCACCAAAACCAGAAGAAAAUCCUGCUGAAGCGUUCACCGACUCAUCUCUCUUUGCUCACUGGGGCCAGGAUCUCAGUCCAGAAAACAGACGUAUCGCGCUCAAACAAUUCCAGUAUUACGGCUACAAUGCUUACCUGAGCGACCGCUUGCCCCUGGACAGGCCCUUGCCUGACCUUAGGCCCAACGGGUGCAGAAACCUUACAUUUCCUGACAGGCUUCCUGAGGUCAGCAUUGUGUUCAUAUUUGUUAAUGAAGCUCUCUCGGUUAUUCUGCGCUCCAUUCACUCAGCCAUUGACCGGACUCCUGCUCAUCUGCUCAAAGAGAUUAUUUUAGUUGAUGAUAACAGUAAUAAUGAAGAACUCAAGGAGAAACUGAAGAAGUAUGUUGAUGAAGUGAAUGCCCGUAAGCCUGGCUUCAUCAAGGUGGUUCGACACAGCAAACAAGAGGGGCUGAUUCGAUCUCGAGUUAGUGGAUGGAGAGUAGCCACAGCACCAGUAGUUGCUCUCUUUGAUGCUCAUGUGGAAUUCAAUGUGGGAUGGGCUGAACCAGUACUCACUAGGAUAAAAGAAAACAGAAAAAGAGUCAUUUCUCCAUCAUUUGAUAACAUCAAGUAUGAUAAUUUUGAAAUAGAGGAGUAUCCCCUCUCAGCACAGGGGUUUGACUGGGAGCUGUGGUGCCGAUACCUGAACCCUCCUAAGUCGUGGUGGAAACUGGAGAACGCAACAGCUCCAAUAAGAAGUCCUGCAUUGAUCGGGUGCUUCAUAGUAGAUAGAGAAUAUUUCCAGGAGAUUGGCUUACUGGAUGAAGGCAUGGAAGUAUACGGAGGAGAGAAUGUGGAGCUUGGAAUCAGGGUGUGGCAGUGUGGAGGGAGCGUUGAGGUUCUGCCUUGCUCCAGGAUUGCCCACAUUGAAAGAGCGCAUAAACCGUACACUGAAGAUCUAACUGCUCACGUCCGGAGAAAUGCACUACGAGUGGCUGAGGUCUGGAUGGAUGAAUUUAAGAGCCAUGUCUAUAUGGCGUGGAACAUACCCCAGGAGGACUCUGGGAUUGAUAUUGGUGAUAUUUCUGAGAGGAAGGCCUUGAGGAAGAAGCUCCAGUGCAAGACCUUUAGGUGGUACCUUGUCAGUGUGUAUCCAGAAAUGAGAAUGUAUUCAGAUACCGUCGCCUAUGGAGUGCUGCAGAAUUCCCUGAAAAGUGAUUUGUGCCUUGAUCAAGGGCCAGACACGGAGAAUAUCCCGAUCGUGUAUAUCUGCCAUGGAAUGACACCACAGAAUGUUUAUUACACAAGCAAUCAGCAGCUCCAUGUGGGUGUUCUGAGUCCCACUAUCGACGAUGAUGACAACAGAUGCCUGGUGGAUGUGAACAGCAGGCCCAGGCUCAUUGAAUGCAAUUAUGCCAAAGCCAAGAGAAUGAAGCUUUACUGGCAUUUUACUCAGGGAGGUCCAAUCCAGAACCGAAAAUCCAAGCGUUGCCUGGAAUUGCAGGAAAACAAUGAAAAUGAAUUUGGAUUUCAACUCGUCCUUCAGAAAUGCACUGGACAACGCUGGUCUAUAACAAACGUUCUGAAAAGCUUGUCAUCAUAGCAGACUAAAUUUUUUACCCAUUUAUUUUGCUACUAUGUAGCAAAUAUUGCAUUGUUGCCUGCUGUACUGUAUUCCUCUCACACACACCCCCAUCUCCCUGGUUCCUUUUCUCCUCUUUUUUUGGUUCCUUUGAUUUUAUUUUGUGAGUGUGUGGACCUUGGGUUUGUGGGCUGAAAAUACGACUUUUUAUUUGACAACGAUGUUUUCAUGGCAUUUAUAGAGACGUUGAAUGACAGGUGAUGGGUAGGCUAUCCUGAAAUAUUUUACAACUGUAAAUAGGAAACAAAUGGAGAAUAUUUAUAACUCAAAACUUUUAUUGAAUAAAAAAGUCCAAACACUAUUACUGUCUAGCUGUCUCCAUGGAAA